CGGAAGGAGGCUCUCAAUUUGCCAAGGAGAUCCUCAUCACGGCAUUUAAAGUCAAUGCGGGAAGGCCGCGUGAACGCCACGAGGAGUGGUUGGCAGUUUAAUGGCUGGGCCACUUCGAGAAUUGGAUCACCGACGUCAAGGCCAGAAGCGACAAUCUACCUCGCACAAUUCGAUCCAAUGGCCGCGCAGCUUGACUUAGCUAUCUUUGCGUCCAACAUUGGACAAACUGCCAUCGUCGCCGAGCAAUCAGAAGUAGAGCUCGAAAAUCAAAAGGAGAAAAACGUACAACAGCCGAAAUUCGCUGGUGAUCACCCACCCAACUACUAACCGGCCGGCGUGGGGUGUGGCUUAAACGCGGUCAAAAGGCGGGUGGCUGCCACCCGGGUCCU